UGCAGCCGAGCUGCUGUGGGCGCCGGGCCGGUCCUGCCCUCGGCGCGCUCCGGGGGCCGGAAGGGGGCUCUGGAUUCAGAUCCCUCCCUCUUUCCCUCCGGCUCCCGGGGCGCUCCCGCGUCCAGACCCUCCUCCUCCCAGUCCCAGGUGCCAGCCGGGAGAGGAGGACGCGUCCCUGCUCCCGGCACCCCGCCAUGGGCAACGCCUCCAACGACUCCCGGUUCGAGGACUGCGAGACCCGGCGGUGGCUGCCCGCGGGCGAGAGCCCGGCCAUCAGCUCCGUGAUGUUCGCGGCGGGGGUGCUGGGCAACCUGAUCGCGCUGGCGCUGCUGGCGCGCCGCUGGCGGGGGGACGCGGGGCGCAGCGCCUGCCGCGGGAACUUCAUCUCCCUGUUCCACGUGCUGGUGACCGAGCUGGUGCUCACCGACCUGCUGGGCACCUGCCUCAUCAGCCCCGUGGUGCUGGCCUCGUACGCGCGCAACCAGACCCUGGUGGCCCUGGCGCCCGGGAGCCGCCGCGUCUGCAGCUACUUCGCCUUCUCCAUGACCUUCUUCAGCCUGGCCACCAUGCUCAUGCUCUUCGCCAUGGCCCUGGAGCGCUACCUGGCCAUCGGGCACCCCUACUUCUACCAGCGCCACGUCAAGCGCCGCCGCGGCGUGGCCGUGCUGCCCGCCAUCUACGCCGUGUCCCUGCUCCUCUGCUCGCCGCCGCUGCUCAGCUACGGCCAGUACGUCCAGUACUGCCCCGGCACCUGGUGCUUCAUCCGGCACGGGCGCACCGUGUACCUGCAGCUCUACGCCACGCUGCUGCUGCUGCUCAUCCUCGCCGUGCUCGCCUGCAACUUCAGCGUCAUCCUCAACCUCGUCCGCAUGCACCGCCGGGGCCGGAGGGGCCGCUGCGGGCCCCCCGCCCUGGGCAGCUGCCGGGGCCCCGCCGCCGCCCGCAGGAGAGGGGAAAGGGUGUCCGUGGCGGAGGAGACGGACCACCUCAUUCUCCUGGCCAUCAUGACCAUCACCUUCGCCGUCUGCUCCUUGCCUUUCACGAUCUUUGCGUAUAUGAAUGAAACCUUUUCCCGAAAAGAAAAGUGGGACCUCCAAGCACUUAGGUUUUUAUCCGUCAAUCCGAUCAUCAACCCUUGGGUCUUUGCCAUCCUGAGGCCCCCUGUUCUGAGACUCAUGCGCUCGGUCCUCUGUUGUCGGGCUUCACUAAGAACACAAGAUGCAACGGAAACUUCCUGUUCCACGCGGUCAAACGCCAGUAAACACACUGACCUUUGUGGACAAUAGCUAAGAGGUGCUUCGUUAGCCAGCAUCUGGAAGAUCAUUCUGAAAUGGCUCCUCAGAGAAAGGAGAAAAGUAGUUUGUGAACAAGAUGAAGCUACCCUAGUAAGAGAGGAAAUCAACCUUUUAGCAGUGGUUUAGGCCGCGCGGAGCUGACAAGCACUUCCUGGAAGGCGUGGGGAGGAGCUGUGGAAAUCCACCCUCCAGGAGCAUGUUCCUUACAGGGCCUUUGAGAGGAACAGCCAGCUGCAUGAAAGAUCGGUUGCCUUUUGGUUGAAGCUUUCCUGUUGGAUGAGAGAGCAUGUGGUUUUGUAAUCUGUUUAAAACCUGAAAGAGUUACUGUGUGUUUUCCAUUUCCUCUUCUGUGUUACUACUGUUAUAAACAUACGGUGCACAGUCAGACCAGGUAAAACUUCAUAUGUGUUUUUCUAGGAAGUAGAUAUGUGGGAGCAGCCAAGCCUCGUGUUCUGUGAUUGCUUAACAAACCCUUUCUUUUGAAAAUGAGUUUUCGAACUAUAGGCACUUUGUAGUAUAAUGUGUGUGUGUGUGGGACGGUAGGAGUGCUCUCUCCUCACUGCGGCAUUACUAGUAGAAGAAUAGACUCAGUUGGUUGAUGUGAGCUUUUCCACUAGUCCUCUGGAAGUUGUGUGUCAAAGUAUCAGAUUAUUUAUUUUAUAAUGUCCAAUAGUAAUUAAGAAAAUGUCAGGAAUUUUCCAAGAAAUAAUAGACUAGUAAGAAAGUUGAUUCUGAUUAAUACUCUUCAUUCUAUUUCCAGGGGGAGAGUAUAGGUUGCUAUGUCUGAAGCCAUGUAUUUAGGGUUAAAAACUGAAAAAUCUAGUCAGUUCUUCAGAUGCACUGGAACCCUUUUAACGCUGGUGUUGAGGUCAUGACUGACAUCUACUUUGUAAGAUGAUUGUGUUGUAGCAAAAUUCAUCUGCCCGUAUUUUUAUCCAGGAAACAUGGUUGACUAAUACUAUAUAGGAAAUCCUGUAUCAGUGAGUCAUGUCUUUAUAUAUUUCUACAUCUAAAUGUUUGGCCUGGUGUAAACUCAGCAUCAAACUAUUUCAGUGAAUUUGCACUGUUUAAUCAUAUCCUAGUUACUGUGUAAACUCAUCUGAAAUGUUAUAAAAAUAAACUAUAAAAGAAAAAUUUGAAAAUGAAAUAGUAUUUGCUAAAUCCUUCCAAAUAACAUUUAAUAGCUAGAAUAGAUAUAAUAUUUUUCAAUGAGAUA